GUUAUAUACUUUAUUACAUCGACACAGACGAUAAUCGUAGUACAUAUCCUAAACAGACUGCCCACAAGAUGCGUAUCCAGCUAGUGAUGCUUGUAUUGGCGAUUGCCACCUCAGAGGCAUCAAGAAUGAAACGGCACACAUAUUCACCAAUAUCUGUGGAACGGUUUGCAAAGUACAAUGUCAUCGUAACACACAGACGUCUUGGUGAUUGUACUUUUGAGUUGACUUUCUUACGAGAGGACACGACACCGCCUGAUUAUGAACUCAUUGUCCACUACGGAAUCGAUGAUAGUGUGGCGAAACUGGAGUACCCAAUAGAUACUGGUUCAAUAACGAUUGGGCUAAAUGAAAUUAGCGCUGAAAUUUUCUGGGACCCCCCGGAAGGGUUUGUACCUCCGUUUGACGUAGCCGGUGUAACUCAAGCAUCAAACACUACCGGCGGCGAAGUAACACAACACACAAUGGAUGAUGGGCCAUGUACACCUGCUUCAACAAGAGGGGACCCGCAUCUACGAACAUUUGAUGGUCAUGGUUACAGUUUCCAGGGUCUCUGUUGGUACACACUGGCCAAACAUUGCACCGAAAAUCCUGACUUUGAAAUCUCGACUGAGUUUGCACCCAGACAAUCAACUGGUACUGCGUUACGAACACGUGCUGUUAAAAUGAAUGUAACUGUAGGUGAUGAAACAAUUAUCAUGGAUACCGACAAUGACGUCACUGUCAAUGGCAAAGAAUUAUAUGCAGCCAAGCUUGAAGGACUGCCCCGGAAUGUGAAUAUUGUGGCCGAUGACUCACGAAUCAGCAUCCGGGUUCCUAUGGCCAACUUGGACAUAUUAUGGGAAGGUCGGAAGCAUUCAUUCAGUGCGUCAAUUUACCAUCCUGAUUACAAAGGCAAAAUUUGUGGUCUCCUUGGCAACGCUGAUGGCGAUCCGUUGAAUGAUUUUGAAAAGAGUGAUGGCUGGUUGACAUACAAUAUUACUGAGUUUGGGGAGAGCUGGAACAUUGCCGAGAAAAGGUGUGAUUAUAAAUAACUUCACUUGGAAGCUGCAUUAUGAAGAGCUACGUUGAACGUAGCCAUUCCAUAGAAAUGCGCCACCAAGCAACAAAUCACAUGUUUGCAUUUUUGAAAAUUAGGGAACAACGGGAUAACAGGGAUAAUAUAUGUAUAUAAUGCAUGCAACCUCAUGUGAUCGCAGUAAUAAAAUAAUGAAAUAGUAGAACUGGAAA